GACCUGAGCGGCCGACCAGAGAGCGGCUGCCACACCGCUGCUGCCACAGAAGCUCCCACGGCAUGGCUCGCCUGCGCAACGCCGUGCCGCUCCUCCGGCUGCCGCUACUGCUGGUGGUGGUCCUGCUCCUUCGGCCAAUCACCCAAGCAGAGGCAGCGGUGCAGAAGGACUCCGGAGCCGACCCUGCUACUCUGGGAUCCGGAGCGGAAGCUCCCUCCCUGAACGUAGCCCCAGGACUGCAGCCUGCUGAAGACCCGGAAGGACAGUCUCUGAAUUCCGAACUCACCACAUCGCUCUACCGUCGGGACCAUGUCAGCGCCGAUUCAGCAGAGUUAACGACGUUCCAAGCUCCAGAGGGAGCCACUCCGCCAAACCGGGAUCCCACCACAUCGUCAACCGAGUCCCGAAGUCCAAGCCAGAGCCUCGAUGCGGAGUCUGAAGGCCCGGCUCUCCUCAGCGCCGCUGAGGCUCUGGUCCAAACUUCUGUCGAGAUGAUGGCUUCGAGCAGCGUGAGUCCACACGACGCGAGCCAGGAAGAGACCGAUGGGGAACAUCAGGAAGGGGAACUGGGAGAGCCGGCAACUACAACCACGGAAGCUCCUCCCGCGGGCGGCUUUGACCUGGAGACGAACCUGCGCGCCGUAAUCGAGCGCAUCUUCAAGGAGGCGCUACCGCUCGUGUACCGCUUCUCCACCGGCGCCGGCUCUUCUCCCGAUUGUAUGGGCGCACUCUUCAAGUGGGUGCUGGCCAUCCGCAGGCUCGAACCAUGGGCUCUCAGGAUGGUGGACGCGAUGGGCCGACCGCCGGCGGGCAUCUUCGAGGGCACCAUCACGGACUUCGGUUCGUUCGACCAGUGCCUGGAAGUGCGUGCCCAGGAUUCAUGGGGCGACGAGACGUUCCGCGGCCAGUACUGCUCGCUGUUCCUCAAACCCAACAUCGACACCAGCAGGCCCAUCAGCUUCCUCAGGAACAGCCGCAGGGUCGCUCGCACGCAGAACCUGAGCCGUAUCAUGAAGUCCAUCUGGUUUCCGGGAUUCCGGCUAGGCAUCUGCGUGCCGUCCGCCUGCUCCAGGAACGACAUCGACGUGCUCAUCAAAUCCGCUUUCAAGAACUACGGCGUGAACGCAUCAGUGCCUCUUUGCGACGUGCAGAGGGACAUCCAACUAGACAACCUCCAGCAAGUGGCACUGAUCUGCUUGUGCGUGGUGCUGAGCAUGGUGGGCCUGGGGACCCUGGUGGACGUCUUCCUCAGGAGCCGUCAAGACAAGGACCGCAAGCCCCAUGCGGUACUGGGGGCGCUUACGUCCUGGUCCGCGUACAGCAACACACUGCGGUUGUUCGACGUCUCCGACGACGGGUCGCGGCUGCGAGCGCUACACGGCGUGCGCUUCCUCACCAUGCUGUGGAUCAUCCUGGGCUACUGCUACGCGCUGACGCCCAUCCCCAACCGCAGAAGAAUCUUCAAUAUGUUUGAUUUCGUCAAGCACACGCCAUUCAUGUUCAUCGCCAACGCUUACCCAGCUGCCGACACCUUCUUCUGUCUAAGUGGAUUCCUGUUUGGCUACAGCGUUUUCAAGCAGCGCCGAAACCUUAGCAAGUGGCUGCCGAUACUGUUGAUCAGGAGAUACGUGCGGGUCAUCAUACCGUGCUUCUGCCUGCUGCUGGUGUUCUCGCUUCUGGGCCUGGUGUCGUCGGGACCCAUCUGGCGUGACAACUACGCCUUGCUGCGCGGGAACUGCGAGGCCCGCUGGUGGAAGAUACCGGCCCUUGUCAACAACUGGGAGUACAGCCUCGACUCUUGCCUUCCACACUUGUGGUUCUACGCGGCUGACCUGCAGCUACUGGUGGGCUUCACUCCAGCGGUCAUCCUUCUCGUCAGGUGGCCCAAGGCAGGAUUGGCGCUGACGCUGACCAUGGUUCUGGCGUGCACCGUGUACAUCGCCCUGCAGACGCUAUACAGCGACCUCUACCCAGUUACCAUAUACUUCGCGGAAGACGUCAUGAAGUCUCGUCGCACGCACACGGAAGUGUUCAAGCGGCCCUUCUCGCACGCGGGUGCCUUCUCGCUGGGCCUGCUGCUGGCCUACCUGCUGCGCUCCUCCGGGCGGCUCGGCCAGGACACCAAGAGGUCCCCGUGGUGGGCCGGUGGGGCGUGGCGCGCCGCCGGCUGGGCCGCGGCCUCAGGCUGCGGCUUCGCCGUCCUCCUGGGGGUCGAGCAGUGGCACAAGGGCCUGCUACCCGGGCCAGCGGUUGCAGCCCUCUACGCGUCUCUGCACAAGACUGCGUGGGGACUGCUCGUCGCCUGGGUCGCCUACGUCGUCUGCACAGACCGAAAAGGCAUUCCCGCCCGGUUCCUGUCGUGGGGUCCGUUCGUGGCGCUGAGCCGGCUGUCGUUCAGCGCAUACCUGCUGCACAUCCUGGUGCUGUUCGUGCGCUUCGGAAGCAUCCGGGAGCGCCUCUACAGCAGCCACUUCAUACAGUUGUGCGAGUUCAUCGUAGUGACGGUGCUGUCGUACAGCGGCGCCUACGUGUUCCACCUGCUCUUCGAGGCGCCCACCACGCAGUUCCUCACCAUGGCGACGUCAGCAGUUGCAGGGAAACUGCUGCUGCCUGAAGAUCCGCCGGCUCAGCGACACAUCAUCGGCAACCAAAUUGCCCACAUCGGUUUCACCGAGAAGCCACCCAAGGAGUCCAACGGAGCUGAAGGACUACACGGUCAAGGGCCGAAGUCCACCCACCUUUAGGCCUUCUCUUCGCAUGUGUACAUUGCCGAGUCUUCGCUCCAUGCGCGAGUCUGACAGCAUAGACAGCAUGUUCUGACAGCAUGUUCGGCCAGCUUCCUCCAUCCCCGCCGCGGUAGCUCGGCGGCUAUUAGGCGUUCCGCCGCCGAACACAAGGGCGCGCGGCAUCGAUUCUCGGCCGUGGCGAUCACAUUCCGACGCGAGCGGGAUGUAAAAUCGAGCACGUAAUGACACUUCGCUGCGCGUUUCGAAGAAUUGCAGGUGGCCAAAAUCAAUCCGCGAUCGUUCACUACGGCGUCCCUCACAGCCAGGGUGUAUAUAUAGCUUUGGGAACCACUCACACAUGACCGCGAGACUACUCGCAGAGCUUGACUCUGCAAUUUUGAGCGGACGCCCGAUAGACGACGAACAGGGAUGGGCAAGUCCUGCGUCAACUGGUUGGCAGAGCACCGUAAGUCAAGUAUAACGAACGGUUCGCGGAAUGUGACGAACUUUUGAGGAUACAUUAAUCACCGGCUAACGCCAGCAGUUUCAGCCAUAUGUUGCGCAUUAAAGCGCUCUUGAAAGCUACAGUAGUCAAGCAUUUUAAAACCUUGAACGACGGAAUCUACGCGACGGGUCGCGUUUCGCCGGACAAACUGUUCAUGCUGUCUUGUUUGCUCUGAAGCGUAACAAAGGCCAGUUCAACUUCUUAUCCUUUAUCUCAUAUUUAGGGUUGUUGAUAUUAGCAAAGUCUGUUCAUCAAUAUCGUUAUAGCGAGAAGAAGAAUAAAGAAUGUCCGCUAGCAUCAUUCCACAUCAAAAUCAGAAAGCGCUAAGCUUCUCUCAUUGUUUUUCUUUCUUUUUUUCUAAUGUAGAUGAAUGUCACACUUUAAGAACUUAUCUUCAAGUUCUCGCCCAAGGAAAAAAAGAAAAAAAGCUCCCUGCGCGAGCACCAUUUCCAUUUGACGGUUGACGUGAAAGCAUGGUACAAAAAAAGAAAGAAGAAAAAAGAAAAAAACGCAAGAAGUCACUCAAGAAAAAAAAAAGCUUCUGUAGAAUAUAACUACAAAGCCUUUGCUAGCUAUGUAUAGACACUGGGUCUUCGUAUUCAUUCUGCAUGACUCAUUCACAAAAAAAGCUCUUACGCUAGAAGUGUUCGUAAAAGCAAAUGCCAGCCAAUACUAAUGCUGUACAUCUUAUUAGUGAAGGCGGCUGGCCAAUGGCGAAGCACUUACGAACGAACAGCUUUGUGAAUCUAGUCCCCAGUUCAGUGAGCGUAAGCCAAUUUUCAUGUCUUUACGCCAUCGAAAAAGUACACGAGGAGCCUGAUUUCACAUUUAAAUAAAAACGUUCGCUCUUCUGCUAGAUGCUUUAACAACUGCUUAUGGAGGCGGGAAAACACAGACACCAGUAUCCGCGUUUUCACGCUUGCCUUUUGGUGUCAGGUAUCAUUACUGAAUUCUGGGGUUUGCGUGCCAAAACCACGAUUUGUUUAUGAGGCACGCCAUAGCGGGGGACUCUGGAUAAAUUUUGACCCCCAGGGGACCUUUAUAACGUGCCCCCAAUAAUGCAGGGGACACGGGCGUUUCUUGCAUUUCGUCCCCAUUGAAAUGCGGCCGCCUCGGCCGGGAUUCGAUCCCGCGACCUCGUGCUUAACAGCGCAACACCAUAGCAGAUUAGGCACCGCGGCGGGUCCAUGUAUCAUUACCAACUUGCGCAACGUUCCAUCGUUCCUCGUUUGUGGCCCUCUGAAGAGAAUGCAUGCAGUUAAAGAGGUUUCGGCAUAGGACAAAAGCAAGAUAUACGUGAUAAAUAUUUCUAAAAUUUAAAAAAAAGAUGAAAUAUUUGCGACAUGUAAUUGAAGCGUAUACAGAAUGAAAUCGGGGAUUUGGUGCGUUUCAAAAAAUAAUGAAGCAAAAGAUUAAUUACAGGGAUUUUUGUUUCACAAGAACGCCAAAAAUAUUGAGCGUGUGAAGAUGUCUAAAAGUGUAAUUUAUUGAAAUGAAUUCAGAAGUGAGUUGUAUAUGACUUGGUUUGUGUUAGGCCACGGGAAAUAUGCUAGCGAAUUUGAUGGCAGGAUAUGAUGAAAUCUAAGAAAAAAGAGUCUAUGUGGAGCAAAUUUUGUCUAAAACGAGUUUUACUUUCUUUCUUUCUUUCUUCCUUUCUUUCUUUCUUUCUUUCUUUCUUUCUUUCUUUUUUCUUUCUUUCUUUCUUUCUUUCUUUUCUUUUUCUUUUCUUAAGAAGGAGAAAGAAGAUAGCGAGGGGGAGGAGGGUUACGCUGGCGGUGCACUUCGCCUUCACUGCAACGCUGUCUUCACUGCAUCAAAAACUGCGAUGCAGUAAAAACGCAGUACGAAGCAAUGCUGAGGACAGAAUGAGGAGCAGAAUUCAAAUUUUUUUCUCUCUUUCAAGACAUUAAAUUCCACAACUUACUUAAAUUACUGUUAUUGUGGCGUUCUAUUAAACUCAUAUCUGGUUUUAUAAUGCAGACCAAAUCAAUAUUAAGUUUACUUUUGAAAGCAUAAUAUAGCUCGCAUUUUUUAUACAUCUUCACUUAAUUUUUUUUCCUUUGAACAAAAGUCGCUUUUGUUAAACUUUCAAAAGCAAUCAUCCUUCGAUUUGCUAGAAAGUGGAUCAUAUACCAAUUAUUUUUCACAGAGCGCUUCGACAUGCAUUUCACAGCUAAACACAAGUAACAAACGAUUUUUUAUAUAUUGCACAACUAUUUAUCUCUAGUAUUCCGCUUUUAUUUGGGAGAGUAAAAAAACUUUAUAAUCAUUGACCAUGUUUAAAGCGACCAGGGCCAGUUCUUAAUACAUCUUGAAGGUGAGCGGAUACAUUUUGUUCGAAACCUGAAAUCUGCUCCAUAUUGUAGUUUAUUUUUUUUCUUCAUAUUAACUCGCGCUCCCUGCAUACAAAAUGAGGGCUCCAAUCUAAAAAAAAAACAAAAUGAAAGUUUUUUUAGCGAGACUAUAAAAAAAAGUUGUUACAGCGUUUCCUUCAACGGCAAGUUUUUCCUUCCAUCAUCAAAUCAUAACUGCUCACGUAGUGAAAUAUAAAAAGCUGAAAAAAAGAGUGGCGUCGAACAUCCUGGCACACAGUUAUCAAAACGUGUAAUAAGCCGCAACUUCUUGUAUUACUAUUUUGUUUCAAAAAAAAGGAGAGAUAGGCAAGCUAAAUGCUCGGUACGUUUGCGCGCUUGGUAUGGUGUGACCCGCUAACAUAAAGGACGACCACUGGUGCAAAAGAGUGCUGAGCCGUGCGAAGAGCACGUAUGGCACGCUCCCCUUCCGUAUUGACAAAUAAUUUUCGACCAGGUGUAAGUACUCAGCGAAGCGAACUUGGAGGCACAGUUGCUGCUUCAAGCAUACGUGACGGUACGACAAUGCGUGACGCUGCAAGCAUACGCUGGACGUACUAAUUCGUGAGCUGUCGCAGAGUGGCGUCUUUUCGUGGCUGACGAUUCCCCGUCAGGGUGCGUCGCGUGGCCGCAGUGGUUCUGCACAUAGGCGGUCGCAAGGAUACCUCCGGGGCCACAGCUGUGGGCGUAUCCUUCUGUUACCUCGAACAUCCGGUGAACCUUGGUUAACUGAAUCUCACUUCAUAGCUGCUAUUGAUUUCUUUCUUUUUUUUCAGCAUUACGUGAACGGCAUUUAAUAUGCGGCGCCACGGUCGUUUGGUAAGUGUGAGGGCGAUGGUGGCAUUUGACUUCGACGGGACAACGCCGCACUUGAAGAUGAAAAGGAUAAUGAAAACGAAUAAGCCGCUCAGAAGUCGAGACACUUGUUAAACGCCAUAACGACGCGUGUAUACUCGAACCAUCUUUUAUGCAAUGUCUCGUUUACCGCGCGACGCCUCUGACUGUUGGCGCACUUGGGUCUACAUUAUCGACAGUGUGCCGAAGAUGUGCAGCGCUACAGCACAAGGGAAAUUUCAAGGUGUUCCGUACUUGCAUUGAGUAUAUUUAAAUGCUUGACCUCGACUACAUAAAUCAUCGCAUGUUUGUGCCUACGUAGAUUUUUCGAAGAAUUGUGCAUGUACAUGACUGACUUAAGGCUCUCUAUUAUUGGACUGAACAUCAACGCCAAUUUUGUAUCCAGCGUCUAGAUGAACUAAAAUUAAACGAAAGGUAUGGCGUUCAAACCACCUGGCGCUUAGCUAUUUGGAACAGUUGGCAAUUCCUGUACAUAGUUCAAAUAAUCAGUGCGUGAAUGGGUGUACGUGUUUCCAUUUUCUACUCGUCUCACCGAGUCAUUUCUCUUUGCCUGUCAUGCUGAUGCUACAUCAUAUUUCACUAGUCACAUGAUGGAAAUUUUUUUUCUGCAAUAAACAUUGUUCCAUGCUGUGUGA